CACGCGGGAGGCGGGAUUGGGGGGAGGGCCCUGGGCUGCCCCUCCCGCCCCCUGCCCGCCCACCCGAAGCUCCAGACCGGGAGGCAAGAGCUGCGGGUGCCCCCUGCGCUCUCUGCCUCCUCCGCGCCCCCGCUCCUACCUGUAGAGUCCGAGGGUCUCCCCCUCCCCGGACACCUAUUCUUUCUCCUCCGGAAACCUCCCGCCUAGCUACCCGCGUCUCACAUAGGCGGCGCUGGGACCCCGGGACGGGGCGCCAGGUUCGCAGCUGGUGACAUGUAGAUGCCCCCUCGGUGGUCCAGCCUCGGCACCUGGGCGCCCUUCUGCCCGUUAAAGUUUGGGGCUGGGCGCCAUGGCCAAGAGCAGCUCCCUGAAUGUUCGCGUGGUGGAGGGCCGGGCGCUGCCCGCAAAGGACGUGUCUGGGAGCAGUGACCCCUACUGCAUCGUGAAGGUGGACGACGAGGUGGUGGCCAGAUGCCUUCGUGAGCACAAAACAGCAACUGUCUGGAGGAGCUUGAGCCCCUUCUGGGGGGAGGAGUACACCAUUCACCUGCCCUUGGAUUUCCACCACCUGGGCUUCUACGUGCUGGACGAGGAUACAGUGGGGCACGAUGACGUCAUUGGCAAGAUCUCGCUGAGCAGGGAAGCGAUUGCAGCCGACCCCAGAGGAAUUGAUAGCUGGAUCAACCUGAGCCGUGUGGACCCAGAUGCAGAGGUUCAGGGUGAGAUCUACUUGGAUGUACAGAUGCUGGAAGAUACACGGGGCCGUUGUCUACGCUGUCAUGUGCUCCAGGCCAGGUGUGGACAAAGAGGACCCCAGCAGUAUCAGGAUGGCAUCCUACCAACUUGGGACCUGGCCCCCCGAGAUAUCACCGGCACAUCUGACCCAUUCGCACGCGUGUUCUGGGGCAGCCAGAGCUUGGAGACGUCAACCAUCAAGAAGACCCGCUUCCCACACUGGAAUGAAGUGCUGGAGCUGCGGGAGAUGCCGGGAGCCCCAGCCCCGCUGCGGGUGGAGCUCUGGGACUGGGACAUGGUGGGCAAGAAUGACUUCUUGGGUAUGGUGGAAUUCCCCCCACGGGUCCUGCAGCAGAACGCCCCCAGAGGCUGGUUCCGUCUCCUGCCCUUUCCCAGAGCCGAGGAGGAUUCUGGGGGGACCCUGGGCGCGCUGCGGCUGAAGGUGCGCCUCAUUGAGGACCGCGUCCUCCCUUCCCGGUACUACCAGCCGCUCACGGAGCUGCUCAUGGCAUCUGUGCUGGGCCCGGCAGAGGAGGAUGCUGCCAGUCCCCUGGCCGUGCUGGAGGAGCUGACCUUGGGGGACUGCCGCCAGGACCUUGCCACCAAGCUGGUGAAGCUCUUUCUUGGCCAAGGCCUGGCCGGACCCUUUCUGGACUAUCUCACCCGGCGUGAGGUGGCCCGGACCACUGACCCCAACACCCUCUUCCGUUCUAACUCCCUGGCAUCCAAGGCAAUGGAACAGUUUAUGAAGCUCGUGGGCAUGCCUUACCUGCACGAGGUCCUGAAGCCGGUGAUUCACCGCGUCUUCGAGGAAAAGAAGUACAUGGAGCUGGACCCGUGCAAGAUGGACCUAGGCCGCUCUAGGAGAAUCUCCUUCAAGGGUGCACCCUCGGAGGAGCACGUGCGGGACGCCAGCCUCGGGUUGCUGACGGGCUACCUGGGGCCCAUCGUGGACGCCAUCGUGGGCUCUGUGGGGCGCUGUCCGCCUGCCAUGCGCCUUGCCUUCAAGCAACUGCACCAAUGCGUGAAGGAGCGCUUCCCCCAGGCGGAGCAUGAGGACGUGAAGUACCUGGCCAUAAGCGGCUUUCUCUUCCUGCGGUUCUUUGCACCUGCCAUCCUCACCCCAAAGCUGUUUGACCUCCGGGACCAGCAUGCAGAUCCCCAGACCAGCCGCUCACUGCUACUGCUUGCCAAGGCUGUGCAGAGCAUCGGAAACCUAGGCCAGCAGCUGGGCCAGGGCAAGGAGCUAUGGAUGGCCCCUCUCCACCCCUUCCUGCUACAGAGUAUCUCACGUGUGAGACACUUCCUGGACCAGCUGGUGGAUGUGGAUGGGGAGGAGGAGGCUGGGGGCCCAGCCAGGGCCCUGGUGGCCCCCUCGGUGAUCGUCCGUGAAGGUUACCUGCUGAAGCGCAAGGAGGAGCCCGCCAGCCUGACCACCCGCUUCGCCUUCAAGAAGCGGUACUUCUGGCUCAGCGGGGAGGCGCUCUCCUACUCCAAGAGUCCAGAGUGGCAGAUGCGCUCCUCCAUCCCGGUGUCGCACAUCCGUGCGGUGGAGCGCGUGGACGAGGGCGCCUUCCAGCUGCCGCACGUGAUGCAGGUGUUAACGCAGGACGCUGCCGGUGUGCUGCACACCACUUACCUCCAGUGCAAGAAUGUGAAUGAGCUCAACCAGUGGCUGUCAGCCCUGCGCAAGGCCAGCGCCCCCAACCCGGACAAGCUGGCCUCCUGCCACCCUGGUGCCUUCCGCAGCUCGCGCUGGACCUGCUGCCUCCAGGCUGAGCGCUCAGCUGCUGGUUGCAGCCGCACACACUCGGCCGUCACCCUGGGGGACUGGAGUGACCCGCUGGAUCCUGACGCUGAGAUCCAGAUGGUGUACCGGCAGCUGCUCCUGGGGCGGGACCAGCUCAGGAUGAAAUUCCAGGAGGAUCCCAACAUAGAUUCCAGUCCAGAGGCAGACACAGAGAAAGGCUCCGGGGCCACGGAAGGGGUCUGUCCCGAUGCCCUGGCCCGGCACAGAGAGGCAGCUGCCCGCCUGCUGGAGGUGCUCGAAGAUCUGGACAGAGCCCAUGAAGAGUUCCAGCAGCGGGAGCAGCAGAGGGCAGCCCUGAGCCCCCUCGGGCACUGAGAAAAGGCCAGAACCAGCCUGGAAGGGGAAGGAAGGCGCCAGAGGACCCCCUCUCGGAGCACCCUGGCGUCCUGAGGCUGUCCUGUUCCUCGUUGAUGCUGUAGGGUGCAGGCUGCUGGAGAUCUAGUCUCUGUGCCCUAAGUGCAGAACCCCGGGCACAGAAGCCCUGUAGCAGGGGGCUGGCCUUUGUACUGAAUGACUCUCAGUCUCUGGGCGAGGCAGAUGGGAAUGGAUGGGAUAAGGAGCCUGACUCAUUCGGCUCAGCGGAAGGUCUCUGCUAAACCAGACGGGCUCCUGCCCACACCGACCAGGCCCACCUGGUCCUGAGCUGCUGGAUACAGCUGUCUGUGAAUCCCCGACACCCACGUGGCCUCGUUGCCCCAGACAGGCACUAAAGAGGCUCAGCCCUUCCUGUUUUCAUGUCUGCCAAUCCAUGUAACCUCACUGAUCCUCCUGAACCCUGCCUUGGCCGAGAGUCCUAACCGCAAGCUUCCAGAAUCUGGUUCCCUCGGGAAUAAUGGAGGCUUGGAGCUCAGCAUGCCAGACCCAGACCCUUGGAGCCUGGGGACCUUGGCCUAGGUUCUGACCCCCUCUUUGAGCCUUGGUUCAUGCUGUAUAAAAUGAGGGAGUGUCUCGA